AUGCUGUCCGAUCUUCCGAGGGAUGUGGCAGAGGAUGUGCUCAAUAGGCUUCCAAUUACAUCUAUGAGAGCAGUGCGAUUCGUAUGCAAAAAUUGGAACGCUUUAUCCAAAGAUGAGAGUUUUACAAAGAAGCACCUUGCUCAGGCCAAAGCAGCAGCAGGAGCAAGGGAGUUUAUAACGGUUAUGGUGAUUAAUUAUCGGGUUUAUUUGAUGAGUGUCAACCUCCAUGGAAUCCACAACAACGUUGACCCAUCAAUAAACCAUCUAGGUAAACUCGUUAGCCUAACCGAUUCAGAUCGAGUCGAUAUAUCUGUUGUGUAUCACUGCGACGGUUUAUUGUUAUGCAUCACCAGAAACAUCCCUAGGUUCGUUGUUUGGAAUCCUUAUUGCGGCCAAACCCGGUGGUUCGAAACAAUACGCAGACCUAACCCUAGAUAUGCUAUAGGAUACGAGAAUAGCAAAUCAUGCCGCAGCUACAAAGUAUUGAGAUUCUGUGAACCUUCUCGCGGAUACGUUCGGUAUGAAUUGUACCACAUCAACUCUAAAUCACCUAGUGAUGUCAUGUCUAUCCCUAUUACUAUCUUUCCAGAUUGGGAUAUAGAGUUUUAUGCACGUGGCGUGUCUCUCAAGGGAAACACUUAUUGGUUUGCUCAAGAAAAUUGUGCAGGAGACGACGGAACAGAAAUAGGGUACCAAGAUUUUUUGAUCUGUUUUGAUUUUACAAAAGAGAGAUUUGGACGGCGUCUAAGUCUACCGUUUCACUCAAUUAUGGAAGAUACUGUGACUCUAUCUAGUGUUAGAGAUGAGCAACUUGCAGUCUUGUUUCAGGAAGAGGAUACGUUACAUUUGGAGAUAUGGAUUACGACUAAGAUUGAGCCUGAAGCAGUGUCAUGGGGCAAGAAGGUGUUCUUAGCGGUGAAUAUGAAACCACUCGAUGAUUAUGCAUUUGAUGUUACAUCAGGGAGUUUCUUUGUUGACGAGGAGAAGAAAGUUGCCGUAGUUUUUGAUAUUGACAGAGGUACGGGGAUGGUCACGGGGAUGGACUGCUUCGCUUAUAUCAUUGGAAAGGAUGGAUAUUUCAAAAAAGUGGAUCUCGGAGACCCUUCAGAAGAUUGUUCUUUCCCACUUAUGUGCUCUUAUGUUCCAAGUUUAGUGCAAAUUGAACGACCUACACGAAGUGGCAAAAGGAAAAGACAGGGAAAAAAAUAG